AGAAAAGCAGCCUUCAUCCUCAUAUCUCUCCCCCAAACCCUUUCACUAUCGACGAAUCUGCGAAACCCUAAAUCCCUUUUUAUCUCAGUCUUCUCUUCCGACUGCUCCUUCACUGUGUUUCUGUUCAAUUUCUGUUCAAACAUGGCCGCUCCUUUGGAUAUGAGUCUUGAUGAUAUCAUAAAGAACAACAAAAAAUCCAGAUCCGGAAAUUCUAGAGGUCGCGGAAGAGGUUCUGGACCUGGUCCCGUCCGUCGAUUUCCCAAUCGCGCCGCUAAUCGCACACCUUAUUCCGCUCCCAAGGCACCGGAGACGACGUGGCAGCAUGAUAUGUUUGCCGAUCCGGGUUCUGGAUUUGCUGGGCAGGGUGGGCGAGCCUCUGCUAUUCAAACUGGGACCAAGCUUUACAUAUCUAAUUUGGAUUAUGGUGUUUCUAACGAAGAUAUUAAGGAACUUUUUUCCGAAGUUGGUGAUAUGAAACGCUAUGGAAUCCACUAUGACAAGAGUGGGAGAUCCAAGGGAACGGCAGAAGUAGUUUUCUCAAGGCGACUAGAUGCUGUUGCGGCCGUCAAGAAGUACAACAACGUUCAGCUUGAUGGAAAGCCAAUGAAAAUAGAGAUCGUUGGAACUAAUAUUUCCACGCCUGCUGUUGGUCCAACCGCUGCUGUGAACCCUUUCGAAAAUUUAAAUGGGGCUCCCAGAAGGCAGCAAGGUAGGGGUGGUCCACCAUCACGUCAACGUGGUCGUGGUUUUGGAAGGGGGCGUGGGCGGGGAAGAGGCCCAAGUGAAAAGGUGUCUGCAGAAGAUCUUGAUGCCGACUUGGAGAAGUAUCAUGCUGAGUCUAUGCAGAUAAAUUAGUUGGUUCUUAUAUCUAUGCUUUGGUUCAACCAGCACCAUCUGUUCUCUGUAUCUCACCACCAUUGUCUAGACUUGCAGAAAAGGGCUAUAGUUUUGCGUUGAAUUGGUUUGAAUUUCUUUACAGCUUUUGGGCUUUCUAUUGUUUAGCUUUCGUGUAUGAUGACUUCAGCACGGUAAUGUAAUUGACGAACAGUAGUCAGUGUGUACUCUGCUUUCAUUCAUUAAGUCCUUUCUGUUUCAUUUAAUGAGUUGGGAAUCAAAGUGGAUCUAUCACUCAUAGCCCGAUCACAUCUGCGAGGAUGACAUUGGUUGGAAUAAAAAGCCAGCUGCAAAUUAUACAACAAAUGAGUUGCGGUUUCCCAUUGAGGGAACUUCGACUCAAUAAAACUAAUAUGUAGGCAUUGAACUUAUUGAGAGUUGGCUAAUGUCAUAGCUAUGGGAUCCGACUCGAGUCAAAUGAAAUUAAGAAAUUACCAAGAUGAAUAAGCCUUGUUGGUCUAUGGAUCUUCAUCUUUGCCUGCGUUUUAUAGUAAAAAUGCCUGGUAACGGGUGAUAUCAUUAUUUUAAAGUAA